AUGACUCAGUGCGUACCAAGCUGGCGACUAGACGGCUCCCCCUCUCAUCUAAACCUUGUUCUUAGCUCUCACUCUAACUCCAAUAAUUCAUUUGUCACUGAUGCUCCAAAGAUGGAUUAUGAAGUAACAGAGCUAACAUGGGAAAAUGGACAGCUAACGAUACAUAGCUUAGGUCCUCCACGAGUGCCUAAUAAGCGUUUACCGUCUUCUUCUCCAACUACAUACCCGUGGGCUAAUAAGCCACAUGCUGGUGGCACACAUGAAUCCAUAGUGAACCAAGCUACUACUAGCAUCCCUCAUCACCAGAAAUCCCCCCUAGACGGGGGUGGAGAUAGAGGGGAUGAUUUUGUGAGUUGCCGAAGAGACACCAUUGAAACGGGAGAGAGGAGUUUGGGUGCAGAAAAGCUAACCGCAACAGCUAUGGGGUCGCCUGAGAACACCUCUAAGACCGUGAACGAUCAUUAUUUCAUCCCUCAUAGCAGAGCUCAGCACAACAGAGGUUCUUUUGGAAGAGACAAGAUAAACCAACGGAUGAAGACAUUGCCGAAGUUAGUUCCAACAUCGAGUAAGACUGAUAAGGCAUCAAUGCUGGAUGAGGUGAUAGAAUAUUUGAAGCAACUCCAAGCUCAAGUUACAGCCAUGAGUGGGAUGAUUCAUGUUAAUAUGCCGCCCCCUAUGAUGUUACCAAAUAUGGCAUUGCAACAACAACAACAGCUUCAAAUGUCAAUGAUGGGAAGGGCUAGACCUAUGGAUGUCAAUGCCCUUAGCCGUCCCAACAUAACAACAAUGCCUUCGGUUCUACAUGCCACCGCGCCAUCUUUCAAUAUGCCUAUGGCCUCCCCAGCUGGAGCCUCACCACCUUCGGUUGUCCCUGAUCCUGUAGCUUCAUUACUCGGAGCUGGUCAAUCACAGCCCAUGACCAUGGAUGCUUAUAGCAGGAUGGUGGCGUUGUACCAGUAA